AUGGACUUCGCUGCCUGUCCGGUCCGGCACAGCCCCCAAUACCACUGCUGCGAGUACUCGGAGACCACCAAGGUGCUCUACACCAAGUACAACCGGCCGUCGGGCGGAGACUACGAGUCGUACUACGUGGACGGCUGGAACAAGCAGCGCCAAGUCAACUUCCCGUACACCAUGUACCACCCGACCACACAGGAGUUCUACUACAACGAACCGAGCUCGGUGUGCCGAGUGCAGGCUGUGGUCAAUACGGAGACGGGGGAGUUGACGGAGCAGUUGCAGUGCGCCGACACGAACUCGUCGCUGGCCGAGGACUCGCAGGACAGCACCGUCUUCUGGACGUACGCUACCAAUGUGCGCAACAACAACGCGUCGUUCCCGGUGGGUGCCAACUGCUACAGUCUCAUGCUGAGGGAUGGUACUGUUGAUACCGACCUCAAGAAUGCCUGCACCUCGACCUCGACGUCUACAACGCCUCGCUUCACCACGUACACAGAGACUCCGUUGGUCGUCAUCAACCUGCUCUACCUGGCAUUCUUUGUUGUGCUCGGUGGGUGGACAGUCUACAAGAACUACAUGCAGAACACCAACCAGUCGGUGAACGAGAUGACCAAGAAGCUGAUCGCGACGCCACAGACGCCGUCGAGGGCUGUUGCUGGCAACCCACACGGUCGUCACACGGGCGUCCGCGCGUCCGACACCCGCAUGCAGAUCGAAGCCGCACAAGAAAUCCUGCAGACCGGGUUCUCCAACUCGUACCUCGGCACGUUCGUGUUUGGUUGCGUGGUGGUGGCGUCCCUCGCGUUGAACGUGCUUCUCAUCAUCAUCAUCGCCGACUACUACGGUCGCUUCGACCCACCGCUCUUCGAUGCGUCAGAGGAUAACGCUGUCGUGUUCAUUGUGGAUCGGAUCUACAACUUCUUCCGUCUUCGUGUGCCACUCGACAAGUGCCAGUACGUCUACAUGCUCAAGCGUGACGACACGGAGGUUCUCCUCGCCGAUCGUUCGGGUGUGUCCGACUUCGUGGCUAAGAUCGAGAGCUUUUUCGCUUCAAAGGGCAAGAUUUGUGGCUACCGCACCACGGUUCCCGUGGUUGAAGUGGAUGGGCUGCGCAUUGUGGAGUUCCAGCACCUGCGCUACGUGUACGAGGAGACCGAACAGCGCUUCGUCCCUGGAGCUGUGGCGCUCGGACGCACGUACAACGACAUGCUGCAAGAGGCCAGCGGCCUGUCGGACUCGGAGGCCAAGCACCGCAUCAACACGGUGGGCCGCAACUCGGUGGACGUCGAGAUGCCGUCGCUGCCGGUGUCCAUGGCGCACGAGUUCUUCACGCUCUUCUACAUCUACCAGAUCAUGUGCUACUACGUCUGGUACUACUUCACGUACUGGAACAUGGGCAUCGUCAUGACGGUCGUGGUACUGGGCGCGGCCGUGGUCAACAUCUACACGCAGCGGCAGAUUCAGUCGUCCAUCGUGCAGAUGACCCGCUACCGCACGGAUGUGACGGUGUUCCGCGACGGUGAGUGGCGCGUGUUGUCCUCGCCCGAGAUCGCUCCGGGCGACCUCGUCAAGGUGUCGGAGAACUGGGUGGUGCCGUGCGAUAUGGCCAUCGUCAAGGGCACGACGGUGUGUGACGAGUCGAUGCUGACGGGCGAGUCGAUGCCUGUGCAGAAGUUCCCGAUCCCGGAGCGCAGCACGGAGGUGUACGACCCGGAGAAGAGCAGCAAGAAGCACACGCUGUUCGCCGGCACGCGCGUGCUGUCCUCGGGCCGCAACGAGGAGAUCCUGGCCAUCGUGCAGACGACGGGAGCUCACACGACCAAGGGCCAGUUGAUCCAGUCCAUCCUGUUCCCGAUCCCCAUGCGCUUCAAGUACAACGAGCACCUCAAGAUGCUGAUCUCGCUUCUGCUGAUCUACGCCGUCAUCGCCUGUAUCCUUGUCAUCAACUUCCUGCUGAGCAACGGCAAGCUCAGCAACCGCUACGCCGCCUUCUGCUACGCCAUUUUCGUGCUCUCGUGCGUCAUCAGUCCGCUUUUGCCCGUGGUCAUUACGGUGGGCCAAGUAAACGCUUCGCAGCGCCUCGAGAAGCAAGGCAUCUUCUCUCUCAACGUCCAGCGGAUCACGCUCUGCGGUAAGGUGCGCAUCUUCUGCUUCGACAAGACUGGCACGCUUACCAAGCAGGGCCUCGACUUCCUCGGCGUGCAGCCCGUCAAGGACUGCAGGUUCACGCCGAUCGUGAACGACGUCAAGGACGCGCCGUCGGCCGAAGAGCUGCUGUACGCGCUGUCGACGUGCCACUCGGUCGGGUCGCUCGAGGACCGCCUGGUAGGCAACGAGGUGGAGGUGCGCAUGUUCACGGCGACGGGCUGGGAGCUGGUGGAGAAGGAGGGCGAGCAGCCGUGCGUCAGGUCCAAGGUGGACCCGGGUCUCGAGCUCGAGUUCGUCAAGCGCUACGACUUCGACCACCACCGCAUGUCCAUGAGCGUGGUGGUGCGCAACCGCAGGAGUGGCAAGUACUACGUGUUCUGCAAGGGCUCGUACGAGCGCAUGCAGCAGCUGAGCUCGGCGGCCAGCGUGCCCGGCGACUACAAGAGCGUGGCCGACCGGCUCGCCAAGGACGGGUGCUACGUGCUGGGUCUGUCGUACCGCGAGCUGCCGAGCGACUGGACGCACGAGCAAGUGGUGGCGUUCGCCGGCAACCGCGAGGCCGUGGACGAGAACCUGUCGCUGCUGGGGCUCAUCCUGUUCCGCAACGAACUCAAGGACGACACGGCCGACGCCAUCGCCAAGCUCAAGGGUGGCGACAUCCGCACCGUCAUGAUCACGGGCGACAACGCCAUGUGCGGCUGCUACAUCGCGCGCCAGAGCGGCAUGGUGGACUCGAGCUCGCGCGUGAUCCUGGGCGAGAUGGUGUCGACGAAGGAGGCCAAGAAGCUAGUCUGGCGCGACGUGGACUCGGAGGAGGAGUACGACCUGGCGGGCGUCAAGCACCUGGUCGCGCAGGGCGAGGACGUGGAGCUGGCCGUCACGGGCGUGGCGUUCGACUACCUGGUGGCCAUGGGCGAGAUCAAGGGCCUGCUGCUCAACAUCCGCAUCUUCAGCCGCAUGACGCCCGACGGCAAGGUGGAGUGCGUCAAGCUGCACAUGGAGACGGGGGCGGUCACGGGCAUGUGCGGCGACGGCGGCAACGACUGCGGUGCGCUGCGUUUCGCGCACGCGGGCGUGGCUCUCAGUGACGCGGAGGCGUCGGUGGUGUCGCCGUUCACGAGCCGGGAGAAGACGAUUCAGUCGGUGGUGGACCUGUGCCGCGAGGGCCGCUGCAGUGUGGCGACUUCGUUCGCAUCGGUCAAGUUCCUCGUCAUGUACGGCCUCAUCGGCUCCGUGCUGCGAAUGUUCAUGUACUACCACGCGAUCAACCUGUCGCAGUGGUGCUGGAUCCUUGUCGAGGGUUUCAUGCUGGUCGGGUGCUCGUACGUCAUUACUCUGUCGAAGCCUCUGGAUGAGUUGAAGGACAUGCGUCCGACGUCCAGCCUCAUCGGACCCACUACGCUGGCCUCGAUCCUCGGACAGGAGGCCAUCAACAUUAUCUACCUGGCCUGCAGCAUCCACAUGCUCUCGAGCGAGGUCUGGUACUGCCCGUUCUCGCCCGACAACGUGGAUGUGGCCAAGUGGUGGCUCAUGUCCGACAACCACCUGGCGACGGUGCUCUUCUUCGCUGUCAUCUUCCAGCAGCACAUUGCGGCGUGGGUUUUCAGCUUCGGCUCGCAGUACCGUCAGCCGAUCUGGAAGAACUACCUGGUCCUGGCGUUCUUCGCGGCGGUCAUGGCUCUCGACCUGUACCUGCUUCUGGGCGAGCCCAGCAUCGUCACAGACCGGUUCCGCAUCUCGAGCAGCACGAACGUCGUUGGCCUCCCGGACAUCCCCAUGCCCAUGAGCUUCCGACUCAAGUACCUCGGCAUGAUUCUGGGCAACAUCUUCACCUGCAUCCUGUUUGAGUACGUUGUGGUUCUCGGCCCCGUGCGCUCGUACUUCCGCAACAAGUACCACACGGACUUGAUCCCGAUGAAGAAGUAG